GCGUCGGCGGGGGGGAGGGAAGGUGCAGUUGCCUAGCAACCGGGGGCGCCAAACACUGGAGCUCUGAGCGGGGGGCGCGGAGGGCGAAGCGGGAGAGGAGGUGCUGUUUGCGAACAGGCCUAGGGACUUCUGACCCUUCUGGUUUCUGUGCCAUGGCCACGCUGAGCGUCAAGCCCGGUCAGCGCUUCCAGCUGCCCGACUGGCACACCAACAGCUACCUGCUGUCCACCAAUGCCCAGCUGCAGCGAGAUGCUUCCCAUCAGAUCCGCCAGGAGGCCCGGGUGCUCCGCAACGAGACCAACAACCAGACCAUCUGGGAUGAACAUGACAACAGGAGUCGACUGGCGGAGAGGAUUGAUACCGUCAACCGGUGGAAGGAGAUGCUGGACAAGUGUCUGACUGAUUUGGAUGCCGAGAUUGACGCCCUGACACAGAUGAAGGAGUCAGCAGAGCAAAACCUGCAGGCCAAGAACCUGCCUCUGGACGUGGCCAUUGAGUGCCUGACCCUGCGGGAAAGCCGGCGAGACAUUGAUGUGGUGAAGGACCCUGUGGAGGAUGAGCUGCAUAAAGAGGUGGAGGUCACUGAGGCCACCAAGAAGGCCUUGCAACAGAGGAUCAGCCAGGCCGUCGAGCAGCUCUGCCUCCUGCAGGAAGUCAGACAGCAGCUCCACUCCGACCAUCGGGGCAAAAUGGAGACACUGGAGAUUGACAGAGGCUGUCUCUCUCUUAACCUCAAGUCCCCAAACAUCUCUCUGAAGGUCGACCCCACACGUGUCCCUGAUGGCUCCACCACACUCCAGCAGUGGGGUAACUUCAGUCAGUUCAACAAGGACAGAGCAGAGGCUGAGCUGAAAGCAGCUAGGGAGCUGAGGGAGACCAUCGCCCUAACUAUCGCUGAGACCAACAACGAGCUUGAAGCCCAGAGAGUCGCAACGGAAUUUGCCUUCAGGAAGCGUCUGCGGGAGAUGGAGAAAGUGUACAGUGAGCUCAAGUGGCAAGAGAAGAAUACCUUGGAGGAGAUCGCUGAGCUGCAGGAGGACAUACGGCACCUAGAGGAGGAUCUGCACAGAAAGUUCCUGAGCCUGAAGCUGUCCCAUACCCGGCUAGAGGCCAGAACCUACCGGCCCAACGUGGAACUCUGCCGGGACCAGGCGCAGUACGGCCUCACCGAUGAGGUUCACCAGCUACAGGCAACCAUUGCUGCCCUGAAGCAGAAGCUGGCGCAAGCACAGGAUGCACUGGACGCCUUGUACAAGCACCUGGCCCGGCUGCAAGCUGACAUCGCCUGCAAGGCCAACUCCAUGUUGCUGGACACCAAGUGCAUGGACACACGGCGCAAGCUGACUGUGCCUGCUGAGAAGUUCGUGCCCGAGGUGGACACCUUCACACGUACCACAAAUAGAACGCUGAGUCCACUCAAAAGCUGCCAGCUGGAGCUGGCCUAGCCCUGGAGGGCUGCGGGAGGAGCGCAGGGUAGGGUGGGCAGUGGAAGCAGGGAGAAGGGAAUGAAUGGAAUAAAUGCGGAGGAUCUCA